AUGCUGCAUCUCAAAGUCCAGUUCCUGGAUGACUCCCAGAAGAUCUUCGUAGUUGAUCAAAAAUCCUGCGGCAAAGGGCUCUUCCACCUGACCUGCAGCCACCUCAACCUUGCGGAGAAGGAGUACUUCGGGCUGGAGUUUCGCAGCCAGGCUGGGAACCAUGUCUGGUUGGAACCACUAAAACCCAUAACAAAACAAGUAAAAAAUCCUAAGGAGGUUCUUUUCAAAUUUAUGGUGAAAUUUUUCCCAGUGGACCCUGGACAUCUGAGAGAAGAGCUGACCAGGUACCUCUUCACCCUCCAGAUCAAGAAGGACCUGGCGUUGGGGCGGCUGCCCUGCAGCGACAAGAGUGCCGCGCUGCUCGUCUCCCUCCUGCUGCAGUCCGAGCUGGGCGACUUCCACGAGGAGACGGACCAGAAGCACCUGGCGACCCACAGGUACCUGCCCAACCAGGAGCACCUGGACAACAAGAUCAUGCACUACCACCGGAAACACAGCGGGAAGACGCCGGCCGAGUCGGACGCGCAGCUGCUGGACGUGGCGCGGAAGCUGGAGAUGUUCGGGAUUCGCCCGCACCCCGCCAGCGACGGCGAGGGGACGCAGAUCAACCUGGCCGUGACGCCCAUGGGCGUGCUGGUGCUGCGGGGCAACACAAAGAUCAACACGUUCAACUGGGCCAAGAUCCGAAAGCUCAGCUUCAAGAGGAAGCAUUUCCUCAUCAAGCUCCACGCCAACAUCGCCGCGCUGCGCAAGGACACGCUGGAGUUCGCCAUGGCCAGCAGGGACGCCUGCAAGGCCUUCUGGAAGACGUGCGUCGAGUACCAUGCCUUCUUCAGGCUGUCCGAGGAGCCCAAGUCCAAGCCCAAAGCCCUCCUGUGCAGCAAGGGCUCCAGCUUCCGCUACAGCGGGAGGACGCAGAGGCAGCUGCUGGAGCACGGGAGGAAGGGGCCGCUGCGGAGCCUGCCCUUCGAGAGGAAGCGCUGCGCAUCCCGCUAUGACGAGCGGCAGUGCCGCUCCUCGCCGGACCUCCUCACGGACGUCUCCAAGCAGGUGGAGGAGCUGCGCCUGGCCUACGGCAGACGGGGCUCCUACUGCGCCGCCGCCGCCGCCCACGCCUCGGAGCCCACCCUGGACGCGGCCAUCGAGCCGGAGUGCGGCCGGGCUGCCUUGCUGCCGCCCUCGCGCAGCAGCUCUGCCUUCCCCCUGCUCUGGGCCGCGCUGGAGCGGGAGCGGGCCUGGGAGCCCUUCGGCCCGCCGCCGCCGCCCCUGACGUCCUUCCAGCCGCGCCGCGGGCCGCCCGGCGCCGCCAAGAGCACCUCCGUCGGCAACAUGCGGGAGGCGGCGCGGCCGCUGGCCUGCACCGAGGUGCCCUGCCCGCCGCCGCCCGCCGCCCCCCACGUGCGCUUCUACGUGGAGCGGCCCCCGCCGCGCCAAGCCGAGGACGGGCCUGGGGCGCCCCAGGGCCGCGGCCCCACCGCCACCAGGAGCCCCGGCGCCGCCCGCGUGGCGGAGGCCGCGAGCCGUCCCACGGCCUGCUCCUUCGAGCACGGCCCCCGCGAGCAGCCCCCCAAGCGCUCCUGGAGCCAGUCGGACAUGAAGAGCCUGCGGUUCCCCUGCGGCUCCGAGUUCAGGCCGCUGGGGCCCUGCCCGGCGCUCAGCAGCCGGCCGGCGGGCGCUUUCUGGCCCGUGGCGGCCCCGCGGGGGCUCCCGGCCGGGCCGCGGCGCCCCGCCGAGCGCUGCGUGGGCAGCAGCACCGAGUCCAGCGACUCCGACCCCGACCUGCUGGGCGCCGAGUGCGGCGCCCGCUACGGCCGGCCGCGGCCCUCGCCCGCCGCCCGGCUGCGGCUCUCCUCCGGCAGCCUCCAGCUGGACGAAGAGGACGAAGAAGUGGCCUUGGCCACCGGCGCCGCGGCGGGGAGGACUGCCUGGGGGGCCGCCGGCUACUUCACCUAG